UCAAUAUUUGAACUUAAAACGCUAAUAAAAAAAAAAAUUGUGUCUUUGUUUUCCUACAAUUUUUAAAUCAAUAUAAGACUAACUUAUGAAGGGCUUUGUAUUAAAUUUUCAAGUAUUUUGAUUCAGACAAAAAAAUGUUAUCGAUAUUUAUAAAAAAAAAAACCAAACAAAAAUGAAUAUUUCAAAUGCUUAUAAAUAAAAAUAGCAAAGUACCUACUUUGAAAAUUAAAUUAUGUAAAGAAAAUGCCAAUAAGUUAGAAUAACAUCUAAAUAUAAAUGCCACAAAUUAAUGUUUAUUUUUAUUAUAAUAAUCAUGAGUAUUUUAUUAUGUAUUUUGAAUGUUGAUCUUUAUAUCUGGCAUGGCCUGCAAAGCUCCAAAACGAAAAUGGACAAUGAUUAGAUAUAUGUUUCAAUUCACCGUUGUUUUGAUUAUUUUUGAACACAUCAACUUUACACCAUUCAGGAAUGGAGUUUUGAAGCUUUUUAAAAAAUAUAAAAUUCUUUAAUAUGAAAAAGGAUUUUGGUAUUUUUAACGUAUUGAUAAAUAUCAACCGCAAUUAAUUAAUUAAAUUGAAUUUUCGGAUAGGUAGGUUAUUUAACGUUAUAAAAAUAUUUCUAACUUUUAAAAUCCUAAUAAUUUAUAAUUAAUUUAAUCAUAUAAUAUUUAAUGCAGACGAAUUCAGUGAUUAUUAUUAAUUAAAUAUGUAUUUUAUUAUUCAUAUAAUUUUAAUGAUUAUCAAAUAUAUUCGCAUUGUUGUUUCUAAUUAAGGUGAAGACAAAUAUAAAUAUGGAAAUAUGGUCAACAGAGAAUAUAAAAUUCAAUUGUUCGUGAUUUAUUAGUCAUUGUCUUUGGUGUUAUGUAGACAGGACAAACUGGUUCAGCAGAGGACAAAGAUCACAAAAUGUAUACACUUGUUUUCGUAAUUAUAUUAAUUUUUUAAUCUUAAAUGUAUAAUAUGUGGCGUCAAGAAUUGAAGUAACUAUACAGUAUACAUGUUUUUUAUAAAUCGUUUUAAUAAAAAAUUUUAGAAUUUACAUCAUUCAGCAUUAAUUUUCAAAUUAUAACUAUAAUCAAACAUACCAUGUUGUAUUAUCAAAUUAUACAUAUUAUACUGUAAAAAAUAAUUAAAGACAGCAUCAAAUUCUUUAAUAUGAAAUAAAAUUAUGGUUUUUUUUUGUAUAAUUUCGAUAAAAUAAUUUUGUAAAUAUAUCAAUUAUUAGUUAUUAUAAUCUAUAAUAUAGGAAUAUAAAUUAAAAAAUUUCGAUUUUUGUGUGGUGUUCAGUUCUAAAAUACAGUUAUGGGAAUUCAAAUCAGGCAGUUUUUUUUCAUAAAAAGAGACAUAAGAUAUCAUGUAAAUUGAAUUAUUUUUUACUAUUCUAUUAUCCUACGAAGUAAAAAUUCUGAAAUUAUUUUAAAAUUCAUUAAGAAAUUUAAUUAAAAAAAACUUUUCCACUUUCUUUAAUAGUAUACUAUCAACAGUAUAGUUCUAUCAUUACUAUUUUAUAUUAUUUGUAAUAUAGCUGAUAUAAAUCCACUUUUGAAUAUUUUUUAACAUUUGAAGAAUUUUCUGGGGUUGUGUUUGAAAUUUUCGAUGUCUUCUAGUCUCUCUUUUUCUGCUAUUAUCUUGUUUUCCCUUAUCAGUGAAGUUAUUUCUCUUCGUUUGUUCCCAAAUCUCUUACGCUAUCGAGUGUUAGUGUAUGUACUAUGUAUUGCCUUGGUUCUAGUUUAAUACGUUCCUUGAUUAUUUCCUUCACAUUAUUAUUUAACUAUUUUUUGGUUUUCUUUCUUUGUGUGAAAUGGGUGACUUUUUUUGCACAAUCCGUUAUUGAGGUCUUAAUUACUUUCCAUGCUUCUUAAACUUGUUCUUCGUCUUUUAUACCUCUUCUUUUUAGGGAUUUUGCCAUUGUUUCUUGAAAUGACCGUAAUGUUUCCUUAUUUUUCAAUUUAUGCACAUCGUAUUUUUGUUUCUUUUUCCGUCCCAUAGACAUUUUUUCUUUGAAGUGAAUCAGGAUUAAGUAAUAAUCUGUAUCUACGCUUGCUCCUCUGUGCAUUUUGACGUUUUUUAUUAUCAUCUUAUGUUUAUUUUUUACGAGACGUGGUGAAUUUGACUACUAAAUCUCCCAUUUGGCGAUAGCCUUGUUUCCUUAUGAAUAUUUUUUCUCUGAAAUCUUGUACUUCUUAUUACUAUAUUUUUACUUGUUGUUAAGUUAAUUACCUAAUUUUAGUUCGUUAUUAUUGCUUCGUUCGUGUAAACUAUGGUCACUAAUCGUCGCUUUGUACGUAUUUUAUUUUCUCACUCGAGUAUUCAUAUCUGGAUGUCAAUAAUGAUUUAACGCAAUGGUCUGGUAGAGUGUCAUAUGGUUGUUCUAACUCUUUAUAAAAAACGUCUUUUGUUUCUUCGUUUCCUAAUUCAGUUGGCGCGUAUGAGCAGAUAAUAAUCAUGUCCCGGUAGUUCAUAUAUAUUGAUCCGGAUGUAAUAUAUUCGAUCAUUGUAGCCUUAAAUUGUUUAGUCCAUGAUCUUUGACUAUUGUGCACGAGGAAAUCUACACCAUUUGCAUGCGUAUUAAUCGUUAUAUCGCCUUAUAAUAAUAUUAUGCUCUCUGUUGGUAUACGUCCUUCACCUUGUCAUAUCGUUUCGAAAGGCUUCUAUAUUUACCUUUUACUUAUCUGUUGUAUCGAGUAGUGUUCGAUCGCGGAACGUUUUUUUUUCUUUUGGCCAAUUAUAUAUAUCUCCUCGGGACAACAUAGGUGUGGAAAAAAGAUAAGGUAUACCCGCUACAAGACCGGCUACAAGAUAAAGCUUUGUCUGACAAGCUCCCCCCUCCGCUGUCCACCGACAGUUUGUUAGCCGAUGGUCGAGCUGCUAGCCAGCCCGGCGUCAACAAGUCUUUAUCGUCUUUUCCCAACGGUUGAACUGAGCACAACGUUGUGCUCAUUCUCCGUUUUUUUUACGUGUCGUAAACCAAACCUCGUGUGAUCACGAGGUGUUAUUUUGCCACUUCGAACUUUUGAUCGAGUGUGUCCAGCUAUAUAAGCUAUAUAAGCGAAGUUUAAUUCCCGUUUUUGAAUUCGCCAAUGAAGAGCUUGCCAUAAUCAACUGCAGUCGUCGUUCUGAAUCAAGGGACCAGAUUGUCCAGUGCUGUUGCCAUCAGGUCAUAAUAUCAUACCACUCAUACUUGUCCACUAGUGUUCAGUGGCCAUUUAAAAUUAUUAUUUGUGUAUUACGACCUCAAUGCCCAAUCAUUAGUUUUCUAUUAUUAUUAUAUAUUUUUUAUACUUGCGGCAUUUAAGGUCAUUGUACUUAAUCUCAUAUAAUAUAUUAUAACCGCAUAUAUAUAUUAUUUUAUAUUUUAAUGUUUUGGGCGCCUGCAUAUUAUUAAUUACUAAUUUUUUCAUAUAUACGAUUUAUUUGUAAUAUAUAUACUGUAUGCUAGGCAUUAUGGUAAUAUUUUUAUUCUUAAAACCAUUAUACUCUGUGUACAUUUAUAAGUUGAUCAUCCAUUCCCGUCUAUCAUCUGCGCAAGUUGCAGCAGAAAACUACAUAUUUUGUCGUAAGAUCUGUCGCAGCGACAACAAGUAGAGUAUUAAGUAUUCUUGCUUUAUAUAAAGUUCUUACAUUUAUAAUGAUUCAAACAUUAUGAUAUAUCAUUAUUUAGAUUUAAGAAAAUAAAUAGAAUAAUAUCUGUACAGCUGCACAAAUAUAAAUUAACAAAAAUAUACUAUUAUUGAUUAAGUUACUUUUAGGUUUAAGAAAACGAAUAAUCUUUGCAGCUGUAUAAACAUUAAUUAUUUAAUGCAUAUUAUAACAGUAAUAUCACACAAAUGAGUAAUGCCGAAAUCUAUAAAUUCGAUUCUAAAGGUGGCAUAUCAACAUCUAUAAAAAUGGAUACGACAAUCAACACGGCGCUUAGUCGCUCACUUAACGUCUUUACAAUAAUUGUAUAAUCUUCUGUGUUAUUUUUUUUAAGUGAAACAAAUUUCAUUUACUGUGACUAUAUUUUUUGGUUUGUCAACUACAAUAUGUUAAUAUACCUCUUCCUUUUCUGGUUGUUCAAUAUCUACUAUAUCAAGUCGUACAAGAUACAGAUUUGCGCCAUAAGUAAUUCGAAAGGGAAGCGUCAGUUCGUCACUCUCGUAAACAGAUUCAGUCAGGAUUAUAAACAAUAAAUUGUUACGAACAUGCAUGAUUUUAUUAUCUCGAAAUAAUCUUAUUAUAUAAAUAUAAUACACAAUGUUAUACAACGAUCGACAUUAUGAUGAUCGUUAGUGCUUAUAUUAUAAAGAUGAUGCCAUUUUAGGCAAAAUAUCGAAAAUAAAUUGAAUGUGAUUUGACGUUUCAAUGUAUAUAUUAUAAAUAUACUGCCAUGAUAUAAAGAAAAAACCCUAAAUAGAGUCAGACAGAAGACACACGGUUCAUCCCAUUGGAUAACUGGUUUUGUCCUGCGUGAGUCACAAGAACACCACCAGUGGGGAGAAACAUGUUAACGGCCGCCAAAACCGUCUACCUGAAAUCGUGUUGAAUUCCUACUGAAACACAGUUGGUCCUACGUAUCAUAUUAUUAUCGGUUGAGUGUACGACAAUUGAACUUUGAUUUAUGAACUGAACAAUAUUUUUACAAUUUUUCGCAAGAAUUAAAUUGAAAUUUAAGUUUUAUCGAUUUUGUUUAGUUCCAAAGAGUGGAGUGAACAUUUGGAAGAGUCAUCAAAGAAAAACUUAUUAACUAUUUUUUGUGAUAUCAGACGUAACAAAGCAUAAAAUAGAAAGUGAAUAUAAUAAUCAGCUCAAUAUGAACAACGAACCGAGUACAAAGAAAGCAUUAAAAUAUAAAAAACGAAAACUCUCAACUAGUAGCAAUGAUUCAUCUUCAGAUGCAUUUAUUUCAGAUACUGAAUAUACAUUUGAUAGUCCAAAUGCUGUAUGUUCAUGUUGCUACGAAUGGGGUGAAUAUUUGUAUAAAUGCAGUCGCUGUCAUAGAAAAUAUCAUGAAGAUUGUCAUAUUCCUAUAAUCAUUCCUAGUAAUGAAGAGGAAAAAGAAUGGCAGUGCACAUUGUGUAAAGAUAUAACUGCCAUUUCUAAGGAUUUAGGAAAAUAUGACUUAGAUGAUAUUUCCGAUAAGACAGUUCGACGAAAAAUCAUUGAUCGUAUAUUAAUGGAACUAUUAUGUCGAUUUAAAGACAUUGAUCAUUUUAGAGAUUCAUCCCCUCGAACUAUUUAUAUGAACAAUUUGAAAAAAAAUACCAAACCUACAGAUAUAAAUACAAUUAUAAGUUCGUUGAGAAAAAAUGAAUAUUUAUCACUUAAUACUAUUGUGGAAGACAUAAAACAUGUAUUUAUUAAUACUAUGUCAUGCUAUGAUGUUAAUGAUCCAUAUCAUAAAUCAGCAAAUAAACUCCUUGAAUUUUUCAACAGGAUGUACGAUAAAUGGAUAAUGCAUACUUUUGAAUAGUCUAAAAUAAUAGAGAAUAAUUGGCUGUUUGAAUAUCAUACUAAUAGGUAUUAUAAAGGAAAUUAUCAUUAUUUUUUUUUCAUUUUAUAGUUUCAUUUCAUAGUAGUUAUAAGUUUAUGCAUUUUAUUUAAUCGUACAUUCAGAAAUGAUAUCGAUUUUAUAGUAUUAAAAUAUUAUGUAUUAUUAUGAUAAUCUAGGAAUAUUAUCGGUGUACUGCUGUACUUUAGGUACUAUACAUUGUAUUUUUAAAAUAUUAAAAGUACAUUUUUUUAUUAUAUAUUUAUCCUUAUUUUAUAUAGGUACUAUAUUAUGAUUUGUAUUAAUUAACGUAACUUACUUAAGGCCGUGCUUGGAAUACCAUUUUGUGCAUGAUGGCUGAACUCUUAAUCCCCUGCACAGAUCUCCUUGUAUGAAAUAUAAUAUUAUAUUUCGAAAAUACUAAAUACGCAUCUAAAAAGUGUACUCAUUCAUUUUAAAUAUUAAGUUUAAGUAAAAAGUUUCAAUGAUCAAAUAAUAAGGUAGGUACUGAAUCGUCCAAUUUAGAAUAUUUUGGAAAAUGGUAAAACUAAAAUAUUUAAGAUAUUUUUAUUUUCGUUCCAUAAUAAUAAUUAUUACUUAUCCUUUGAGUUAUUUAUAUAGGUAAAUUAA